UAGUUUUCCUUAAGCUCUAACUGAUAUGAUUAUAUUGAAAUAUUAAAGCAAGCAUUUACUUUAUUACCAGAUUUUGGCUUUUGAUAACUGUGCAAACAGAAUUUUACCCAGUAGCAGGUUCUGGGACUAAACAGGAUUUUCACUCAGCCCAGACAUGUCGGAGUUCUGAGGCUUCAGUUCGCUGAGAUUAAGUUACCGGUUGCUCACAGUUUCGUCAAAGAGUUAGUCUUUGGUUGCCGAAGAAGUGCGAAAACAUGUCCGAUCCAACCAUUCAAACUUUCUGCUGCCAUCAUGGAAAUGGCACAGAUGUGGCUCUGACCAUUAUUGAGGAUUUUGAUCCAGACUCCUAUAAUACUGUGUGUCUGUUUUCUUCAGCUCUGGGCAUAUUCGGCGCCAUUUACCAGGUGCUACCCAGAAGGCAAUUUAGCAACAGUCAUCGAUGGUUUUCGUUCUCGACCGAACGAGGCCGGAAAAUCAUCGUAUGGCUAGCGGUAGCCGAUCUAUUAGCCGCUGUGGGGGUGUUUGCUCGAUCGAUGAUUUGGAUAAAUAAAAAAAACAUUAUGCCUGAAGUUGAUGAUGAUUCCAGCGUACUUUUCUGUGCGAUAUCUUCGGCUUUGACUCAGUAUUUUUACACUUCCACAUGGAUUUGGACGCUAUGUUACGCCAUAGACAUGAGAUACGUGCUGAGCCAAAAAGAGGGCCAUUUCAAAUAUUACCAUUUUUUUGCAUGGACCAUUCCUGCGAUUUCCACCAUCACUGGGCUGUCGCUUUUGUACUUGCCCAACGCCAACUGCCACAUGGCUCUAUCAACUAGAGCAGUUGUUUUACAAAUCCUGCCCAACUACAUUAUAACGUAUGUUCCAAUGCUGGUUGUGAUGGUGGUAAAUCCGAUUCUAUACCUGAAAUCCAUCAGAGAUAUGAGGAAUAUUAUCAGCUGCACUUCUGGCCAGUUCACCAGCAGGGAAAGAACCAUUGUGGACGCUAUCAAAGUUAAAUUUGGCGUGAUAAACUUGGUGUUUUACAUCUGUUGGAUGCCCAAUCUAAUCAACGGGUUCCUCAUGUGGAUGCUGUGGUUCCGUUUGCCUACUGAGUCCGUUAUUGUCCUCUGGCAUAUUAUGGAUUUCACGAAUCCUUUGCAAGCGUUCUUCAACGCGUUAGUCUAUAGGCGAUGGAGUUCUGGUUCAGAGAAACUGGUCUGUCCUUGGAAACAGUACGGAACUUCGGAUUUGCAGUUAUCUGGAUCGACUAGCAGUAAAUCGUCCAGGGGAACUAUCAGGGAGGAGAUCUAUCCUCUUUUGCAAAGUUCGCCGGCUAAAAGCAUCAAUGAGUACCACGGGAUUGCUAAAUUAUAGCCAUAAUUCGUCUGUUGAUUAAGCUAUUUAUUUUUUGUAUCAGUUUUUAAUAUAUUUGUGCUCUUAAA